AAGUCGGUUCAGUUCACUCAGAGAGGAAGAGGCGAAGCAAGAGGGGCAACUUAGCCCAACAUUUGUCUACUCCGGCAUGUGGCGUUUUUCCGUUCACCAAGCGAGGAGUUUUUGUAUGGAGGUCAAUGAGAGUGUCGAAUUUGGUUAACAAAAAGUUGAAUGGUUUAUUUGCUACAUGUGGCUUAUUUGAUAUAAUCGAAGUUUUGUCAUGCGUGGUUUGUUACGCGUGUACUGAUAUACGUAGGACACGUGACAUCCCGGCAACUUUGAGAAACAACACUUAAUAUCGGAGUUGUGCGUUUUUGUCACUCACGUUUAGCCCUCUCAUUGGCUAGAAUGGUCCCACCUGAUCUUGCCUCCUCCGACUGCCUUCCUUUUUUUUUUUUUAAAUACAUUUAUUUACAUUGUUAGAGCGGCCACUAGAGUAUCUGGUCAAUAUAAUGGAUCAUCUUUUGGUUCACUCCAUAACUGUGUGUGGAUAAAUAUGUGGUUCUCUGGUAAUACAGUUACUAUGUAUCAAGAAAGUGUACACUGAUAUGUAGUCUACAAAACAAGAGGUCGUACUGGUGCUUUAGCUUGAUGAAACAAUCGGCUAUGUCUCGACAUAUCCAUAUAGAGGCGUCCGGCGAUGAUGCAGCACGAGUGCCACUUCUCACCAGCCAUCUGGAGCUAGCUAGCCUCGACUCGGAUGAAGGUACAUGCGUAAACUCCACCUGGUAGACUUGGAACUUUCAUGCAGUCGCCCACGUAAACUAGUCCAACCUGUGUGCUCUUUAUUAGCUUAAAAAUGUAAUUCUGAUGUCAAAUUCAACAUGUAGUAGGUGUACCUGCAUUAUCAGACGUGAAGUUAUUUUUGAGAGGAGUAUUGGAGACAAUGCAAAUGAUGUUCAGAGAAGUACACAAAGAAAACGAACAUAUGAGGAAGCUGUUGAGGACGCAGGUUUUGGUUUGUUCCAUGGGCUCCUGUUGGUGGUGUGUGGAUGGGCCAAUGCCAGUGAUGCGGUGGAGAUCCUGUGUGUUUCCUUUCUGCUGCCCACGGCCCGCUGUGACCUCCAUCUCAGCUCCUCAGACAUGGGGUUACUGACGGCCAACAUUUUCCUCGGAAUGAUGAUAGGUGGGUACAUGUGGGGUUACCUGGCUGACCAGAGGGGGCGCCAGAAGGUCUUGGUGAUGUCCCUGACAGUGAACGGAGUGUUUGGAGCGCUGGCCAGCUUUGCCCCCAGGUUCUGGCUCUUCCUUCUACUACGGUUUAUCAGUGGUGUAGGGGUGGGAGGUUCAAUCCCGGUCAUCUUCUCCUACUUUUCAGAGUUUCAGCCCCGGCUGAAGAGAGGGGCAAUGAUAAGUGCUCUGGCUACCUUCUGGAUGGCAGGGAAUAUUCUGGCAGCAGGCCUGGCGUGGUUGGUCAUCCCCCGGACCUGGGUCCGCUUUUCUUUGGGUGGGCUGGAUUUCCAGAGCUGGAGGCUGUUUGUGGUGCUGUGCUCUGUCCCCAGCCUCACAUCGGCACUCAUCUUCAGUCUGGCCAUGCCUGAGAGCCCCCGGUUCCUCAUGGAGGCUGGCCGUGAGAUCGAAGCCCUACGUGUCUUCUGCAGGAUGUUUGCAAUAAACCACAGAGGCAGUCUCAAGACCUUCUCAAUUUGUGGGCUGCAUAUCCCUUCUGAGAAGAAAGAGAGGGAGACUAGGAGAGGUGGAACACACACUUGGUGCUUUGUCAACCUCCUCAAACAGGGCCUGGCACCAAUAAGACAGCUGUUUGUUGGAGAGUUGGCCUCUAGAAGUGUAUGUCUGGUCGUCAUAUUCUACUGCAUCUCAUUUGGAUACUAUGGGCUGUGGAUGUGGUUCCCAGAGCUUUUCAAGAGAGCAGAGGAUGGAGGCUCACCCUGUGCCAAUGUGUCUCGCUUACAAAGCCAUGACAACCAAAGCUGCUACCCAGUUAAAACAGCAGUGUACAUGGAGGGCUUUAUCACUGCAGCCUCAAACCUACCAGGGAACAUCUUCACCGUUCUCCUAAUGGACGUCAUUGGAGGAAAGGCCCUGCUUUGUUGCAGCCUAUUGUUGUCCAGUGUGAGUGUGUUCCUCAUCUACGAGGUGAAGACGAAAGCACAGAGUCUGCUCAUCUCCUGUGUUUUCAGUGGAGUGUCUGUGGUGGCCUGGAAUUCCUUGGACGUGUUGGGCACUGAGCUCUACCCCACCCAGCUACGGUCCUCCGCUCUGGGCUUCUUCACAGGAAUAGGCAGAGUGGCAGCCAUCAUGGGUAACAUAGUCUUUGGCCAGCUGGUGGACACCAACUGUGUGAUACCAGUUCUACUUGUGUCUGCUUUGCUGCUGACAGGGGGGAUCACUGCCUUGCGCCUGCCACGCACUAAACAGGCAGAGCUCACCUGAGGCCUCUGUGAAAUGAAGUCCAUAAGACACACUUUUUUUCCUGCUCGUAGUCCUCGCCAAGGGUUAUUCCCUGAACCUAGUCUACCUAGAGAUGCCUUUUUCCUAUCAUGACCAAAGAUAGAUGUAGAAUAGAUUUUAUAAAACGGAUGUUGUGAAAUGCUGGAUUGCACAAGUGCACUUUGAGAAAUCGUGCACCUUAAUGGGUUCUCAAUCAUUAACAAGUCAUUGACCAGAGCUAAUACAGUGAUCUCCAAAAGUAUGGGGACAGUGACACAUUUUUUGUUGUGUAUUAAAAGUAGUCAAAAGUUUAGUAUUUGGUCCCAUAUUCCUAGCAUGCAAUAAUUACAUCAAGCUUCUGAAUCUAUAAAGUUGUUGGAUGCAUUUGCUGUUUUUGUGGUUUCAUUUCUAUUGGUCACAAAAGACUCAAUGGUAAAUAAUGUAUUGUCAUUUUGGAUGAACUUUUAUUGUAAAUAAGAAUAGAAUAUGUUUCUAAACACUUCUACAUUAAUGUGAAUUAGUGUUGCAUGGUAUACCGGUACCACAGUAAUAUCACGGUACCAAAACAUGAUACCAACAUUUAUAGAUUAUCGCUUCAUAUAAUACUAACACAUUUUUCAGUCCUACCGAUCUGAGGCGCUGGCGCCUGUUAUAAAAUGUGUAUAAAGUUAGUUUUGUUUAUAAAUUCUGUAAAAAAAAAGAAAUAAAUGCAACUAGUCUCUUGUA